UGUGUGUGAAUGAGGUGACGCAUAGCUCUGCAAAGGCAACUGAAUGAGAGCAACAGCAAAGAUGGUGUGCACCAUGCAGCUCCAGCUCCUGAUUUAAAGCUCCCCCGCGUCGAGAACACGGCUCACACACACACACACACACACACACACACUGUCUGCAUUUACGGAUGGAGCUCGUUUUCAUCGUGGCAGCAGAUACUGAAGUGAAACAAGAACAAGAGCAACAACAACAACAACAACGACGACGACGACAACAAAUGUCCACGGUGUGAAUCUGCGCUGUGACGGGGGGAGCGCUCCUCUCUCUCUGUGGAUCCUGUUGAUUCUGCCUGUCGAGCGUUCAGAGGAGAAAAAAAAAAAAAGAAGCCUCAGACAAGAAAACCUUAGACGCACCAGAUCCACUGAAUGGCAUUUCUCUCGGGGUGUGUGUGUACACAGGACGGUUCAGUGUGUUGACCUUCUUUUCCAGCGCUGAUUGAAAACCUCUGGGAGAGGAGAGAAGAAAAAAAAACCCUGCUCUACAUUUCGCAGCUUUUUAUUUAUUUAUUUAUUUAUUUUUUUUACUCCUCUCCUUUUGUCACAGAAGAUUUUUUUUGUAUGCAAUAUAACGGGAUUCAUGGUGGGAGCAUUUCCUUUCAUCAAUGUGCAUUGAUGUAGCAGAAAGCGUGGAGGAGAUAAGAAUCCUUAUCUCAGCACCUGAAACCAUUGGGAACGAUUUCAUUGAGGACAGUCAGCAAUUAAAAGGAUUUCCAUUCUUGUCUAAAUCGGGAAUUACACAUCCAAACUGGGAUCUAUGAGCGGAAAAGUGGCGAAGCCUAAAGAAGACAAGGAUGCUUCCAAGGUCCAGGAUGACGCUGCCCCAGGUACCCAGGAGUACAUUAUGUUACGGCAGGACUCCAUCCACUCUGCGGAUAUAAGGAGUAAAGGGUCCCCCUUUCGUGCUAAGUGUCACGAAAUCUUCUGCUGCCCCCUGAAGCAAGCCGUCCACAAAGAGAGCGCAGAGCCCGAAGAGCCCCAGCUGAAGGGGAUUGUGACAAAGCUGUACAGUCGACAAGGUUUCCACCUGCAGCUGCAGGCAGAUGGAACCAUUGAUGGAACGAAGGAGGAGGACAAUGGUUACACCAUGUUCAACCUUAUUCCAGUGGGGCUGCGAGUGGUGGCCAUCCAGGGGGUGCAGACCAAACUAUAUCUGGCUAUGAACAGUGAGGGCUACCUGUACACAUCAGAACACUUCACGCCAGAGUGCAAAUUCAAGGAGUCGGUGUUUGAGAAUUAUUAUGUGACAUACUCCUCCAUGAUAUACCGGCAACAGCAGUCGGGCAGGGGCUGGUACCUCGGUCUGAACAAGGAAGGAGAAAUCAUGAAGGGGAACCAUGUCAAGAAGAACAAGCCAGCAGCCCACUUCCUUCCCAAACCUCUAAAAGUGGCAAUGUACAGAGAGCCAUCCCUCCAUGACUUGACAGAGUUCUCCCGGUCCGGCAGCGGCACACCCACCAAGAGUCGGAGUGCCUCAGCUGUGCUCAAUGGAGGCAAAGCCGUGAGCCAGAAUGAGUCGACGUAGCCCGGUAGCCGAACCCAGGCCUGGGGCAGAACCAUGAAACCUUACCUCCAGCAGAGCGUGAAUUCAAGCAGACUUCUCUCACUGAUCAGCGGUUCAGGACUAGCUACAACAACAAACCACACACAAACACUCUGACACCAUCAAUGAAAAACUGUUAGGUACCAUCCUGGUCAAAUCAUCUUGAAAACAGCAUUAAUAGUAAGACACUUAACAGCACAUAAACCAUUUUGGACUUUAAAAAAAAAACAAAUAAAACAUUUUUUUUUUGGUCUUGAGAUUUAUCUAUUACCUUGAUCACUCUGUUUUGGCAAUGAUCAUAUACCAGUUAGCUCAUCUUUAUCUUAUUUUAUUUUUCUUUAUUUCCUGUGGACAAUAACUUUUCUUAGGUCAUAUAGACACCAAGCACUCGUGCAUCUGUCAGACAGGGACAGGAAGUUAGAUGUGUAGGCAUUCAGGGCAGCCAGUAAUGGUGCUGGUCUACAAGGCUGCAGUGGUACAGUACAAGCCCUGAUCUCUGUCUCAUCCAUGCUUCUGUGAAUACAAAGCCUAUAAACUCCCUGGUGUGGCACAGCCUAGUGCUGCUGGGACUGUGGCCAGCCAGAUGGUAGCUCUCCUGCGUCCUAGUGCACACGCUCAGAGACUGAGCUCUCUAGCAUGGGAAAAUGAAGCCUAUGUUCAGCUGACCUGAAAUAUAAGGGACAGCGUGGCUUUCUUGCAGUUUUUGUUUCCUUUCAGAAAUGCCACAGCUGCACCUUGGUUUUUUGCUAAUUUUCUGAAUUAGCUCUGAGCUGUUCAUUUGAUAACUGGUUUUCGUUUUUGUCCCCUCUUGUUCUCUUCCCCCACCAUUGUUUAGUAUUUGUAUUUUUGUUGCUGUCUCAACAUUGAAAGGGGUUCCAGCAAACCAAAGACCGAACGAAAGAGUGUCCCUUUAAGCCGCUGAAAACCAAGCCAGUAUAAAAGGCAAAGCUGGAAUUUGUUUUUUUCAUUGUACAUUUUUGAUGAAAGAAGGCAAAGAUUUUGUGGGGGGG